AUGGGUCAGUUGCCGCAGUCUCGUGUAACUGCCCCCAAUCGAGCUUUCCUUCACUGCGGCGUGGAUUAUGCCGGACCAAUCGCCGUCAGAGCGUCGGGGGGACGAGGGUACAAGUCUCACAAAUCGUACAUUGCCGUCUUUGUGUGCCUAGCUACUCGCGCUAUCCAUCUGGAAUUAGUGGGAGGAUAUUCCACCACAGCCUUUCUGGACGCGUAUGCUCGCUUUACCGCGCGACGGGGAUUACCGGGGGUGAUGUAUUCGGAUAACGGCACGACUUUUACGGGUGCCGACCGGGAAUUGAAACGGGCCUAUCAAGAUGCCCUGAGGGACCCGACCUUUCAGAAUAACAUCGCUUCCGACCGCGUCGCCUGGAAGUUCAUGCCCCCUCAUGCUCCUCACUUCGGCGGGCUGUGGGAGGCGGGCGUACGUAGCCUCAAGCAUCACUUGCGCCGCGUGGUGGGUACGCAUACUCUCACUUUCGAGGAGCUGACGACGCUUCUCUGUAAAAUUGAAUCUUGUUUGAAUUCGCGACCGCUCGGUCCUCUCUCGGAUUCGGUAGACGAUUACGAUGCUCUCACACCCGGUCACUUCCUGGUCGGUUCAGCCCUCAACAUGUCUCCCGAACCAUCCGUUCUUAAUCUGAACGAAAACCGACUCUCGAGGUGGCAACGAGUUAGACAACUUGCCGAAAAGUUUUGGAAGCAUUGGCAGCACGAUUAUGUGAACACGCUGCAACAACGGAGUAAAUGGCGGCAAGCGCGACCUUCCGUCCGAAUCGGAACGAUGGUACUACUGCGCGAUUCUACGUUGCCGCCUUGCCGGUGGGCUCUUGGUCGAGUGGUGGCUUGCAACCCGGGCCUCGACGGACUAGUCCGAGUAGUUUCCGUUCGGACCGCUCAGUCCGAGUACAAGCGGCCGCUCACGAAAUUGUGCCUUCUGCCAGUUCAAACUGAACUGCAACCGACCAAACCGGAUGCGCCGGAUGCGUCAACCUUGUUGCACAUCUAG